CAACAACAACAACAACAACAAAGAAGCUACAAUGGUGGUUCACUGAGAACGAAAGCAUAUGCAGAUUUAAUUAUUAUUGGUAGAUCUGGAAAUUCAUAUUUAUGUCUCGACCACCAAACUCUGAAUUUCAAGAAUGGUGGAACAAGCAGAGAGAGGACCACGACCACGACUACUUCGACAAAUCCGAAAACCCUAGCUGGCUAACCGUCGAGAUCCGCAGCCCCUCCGCCGAUCGGACGGUGGAGAAGGAGCGAACUCGGAGUGCUCGUCAGCUCUCUUGGGUCUGCCUCUUGCGAUUCCACCAAAUCGCGAAUUCCUUGGCAUUUUUCACCAAUGGAUUCAUCUCCCUACUCCGUACCGCUAACCGCCGGAUCACAGUCUCCGAUUCGCACUCUCGCCGCCCCGAAUCCCGUCUGUACCGCGCAAUCAAGGCGUUCUUGAUCCUUGUACUAGCAUUGCUAGUCUUGGAGCUCGUUGCGUACUUCAAGGGAUGGCAUUUUAGUCCUCCCACCGUGGGCUCCGCCGCGGAGGUGGUGGAUUUUGUGCAACUUGUUUACGCCAAUUGGCUCCAUAUCAGGGCCAAAUAUCUGGCUCCGGCAUUGCAGAGUUUGACCAAUGUGUGUGUGGUUUUGUUCUUGGUUCAGUCACUGGAUCGACUAGUUUUGGUGCUUGGAUGUUUUUGGAUUAAAUUUCGGAGAUUGAAGCCUGUUGCCGUCAUGGACUACUCCCAGGAUUCCGAGCAAGCUAUGAAUGUGGACGAUUAUCCGAUGGUGAUGGUGCAGAUUCCAAUGUGCAAUGAGAGGGAGGUUUACCAACAAUCCAUUGCAUCAGUAUGUGUUCAGGACUGGCCAAGGGAGAGAAUGCUUGUACAAAUUUUAGAUGAUUCUGAUGAUUUGGAUGUUCAAGUCCUCAUCCAAGCAGAAGUGCAGAAAUGGCAGCAGAGGGGUGUGCGCAUAUUGUAUAGACAUCGUCUUAUCCGGACUGGCUAUAAGGCUGGAAAUCUUAAAUCUGCAAUGAGUUGCGAUUAUGUCAAAGAUUAUGAGUUUGUGGCAAUCUUUGAUGCAGAUUUUCAACCAUCACCAGAUUUCUUGAAGAAAACUAUUCCUUAUUUUAAGGGAAAUGAUGAUCUUGCAUUGGUGCAAACAAGAUGGGCCUUUGUCAACAAGGACGAGAACUUGCUUACAAGAUUACAAAAUAUAAACUUAUCAUUCCACUUUGAGGUUGAACAACAAGUCAAUGGAGUGUUCAUAAACUUCUUUGGUUUCAAUGGAACUGCUGGUGUAUGGAGAAUCAAGGCCCUCGAGGAAUCUGGUGGCUGGUUGGAACGAACUACUGUUGAGGACAUGGAUGUUGCUGUUCGUGCUCACCUUUGUGGAUGGAAAUUUAUAUAUCUGAAUGAUGUUAAGUGCCUUUGUGAAUUGCCAGAGUCCUAUGCAGCAUACAAGAAGCAGCAAUAUCGCUGGCAUUCAGGUCCAAUGCAAUUGUUCCGCUUAUGUUUCAUGGACAUAAUCCAUUCAAAGGUGAGUGUGGUCAAGAAAGCCAAUAUGAUAUUUCUUUUCUUCCUCCUUCGGAAGCUUAUCCUGCCUUUCUAUUCAUUCACUCUCUUCUGCAUUAUUCUUCCUCUGAGCAUGUUCCUGCCGGAAGCUCAGUUACCUGCUUGGGUAGUUUGUUAUGUCCCUGGAAUCAUGUCCGUCUUGAAUAUCCUUCCAGCACCACGGUCAUUCCCAUUCAUUGUGCCCUUCCUUCUAUUUGAGAACACUAUGUCUGUGACCAAAUUUAAUGCCAUGAUUUCAGGACUCUUUAAAUUUGGAAGUUCUUAUGAGUGGAUAGUUACUAAGAAGUUGGGCAGAUCAUCAGAAGCAGACCUAGUUGCCGUUAUGGAAAAUGAGUCUGAACCUCUAGUGCAACGUAACAGAUCCUCCUCAGAAUCAGGUCUUGCCGAGCUUAAUAAAUUAGAGAUGACUAAGAAAUCUGGGAAGGGUAGAAGAAAUCUUUUGUACAGGAAGGAACUUGCUCUCGCGUUUAUUUUAUUGAGUGCCUCGGUGAGAAGCUUGUUGUCUGCGCAGGGGAUUCACUUCUACUUCCUAUUGUUUCAAGGGAUCACUUUCCUAGUUGUUGGUCUUGAUUUGAUUGGAGAACAGGUGAGUUAAUUUUCCUGUUAUGUCUCGUAGUGUUGAAGAAAUAUAUAUUUUUUCCAUGGAUUUAAGCCUGGGAUGAGAAGCUACAUUGACCACAGCCUUCAAGACUAGCUCUAGAAGCUCAAUAAUCAGUUGUAGCUGACCAUAUAUAUCAUGUUGGUUCUCUGCUCCCAGAUAACGCAAUUCACUGUCUUCACGGUCAUAUUUGUAGCUUAUUUAUGUACUUGGGGGAAAGAAUUGCCAUAUGAAUCUUUCAGGCAAAGUCAUAUAGACUCAAAUUGACGUAAAGUUGUUUGUCUCAGCCAUGGAGGAAAGAGUUCAGAAAAUAGCAGGGAUUCUUCUGUAGGGGCUGUUUGUUUGUAGUGCCGCUCUGUAUACUUUUUGCAUUGUUAGAUUUUCAAAUUGUUCAUUCUUUAUUUUUGUUGUCACGACAGACAGGCAUGUACGAUAACAUAUGUUUUGAUUGAAUUAGUGUCGGUAAUUAAUUGAUGUUCACUACCUUUGGAGUUCGGUUCGAUUAACUCAGCUGUACUGUAGUGUUGAAUGGAGAAUGUGCAUUUGCUGAGACGAGCCCUGAGAAGAGCCCUGCUUGUAUUUC